AAUGCCGGGCAGAGAGGGCCUCUUGCCGGUUCUUAGAAUUCCGAGAAGCAAUCGAUCGUUCUACUGCUGCAAAAGCAAUACCUUCCUGCUCAAGUUGGUGUUUGGUGCGCUCGAUCAUUGAAGGGAGCUGAGAAGUAGAGGCAAGAGUCGAUACAGGUGAUUUAUGUCGGUUCUUGGCUAUCUGCCUUCGAUUCUGCUUUUCAAACGAAGAACAGCGGUAUGCCGGACGUUGCGGCUGCUCUUCUGCAAUCUGCAUGAGAAAGAAGCUCGCUUUCCUGGGUUCCAUGCGCUUCAAACACUCCUGGGCUGGAUUUGGUUUCGGAGUGAAGUAUUUCGGAUUUCUUCACAUAUUUCGGUGUUUCCCUCGCGCCCUCACUUGAUUGGAGAAGACUGGUUUCCGUUUUAAACCUCGUGCAGUUCAAAAUUUCAACUUGGGCGUUUCUUGUUGUUGAGCUGAAGAAGGGAGAAGCGAGUGGGGUGCUUUGGUUGUUGGCAGGAUGAGGAGUAAGAGGAAGAUGAUGAAAUUGGAGAAAUUUGGCAUCUCUGUUUUGAAUCCUGUUGCGGAAUCGGAAGGUUCCGCGUCGGUUGAUCUCAAUUCACCAAGAAUCUUGAGAAGUUCGGCGAGGAUUAGAAAAGGAGUCAAGGAAGUUCGAGUCUUUUUCACGGACCCCGACGUCACCGACUCUUCAAGCGAGGAGGAAGAUGCAAACCAUGGCGAUGGAUCAGAGAAAAGAAGACGAGUUACUUUCGUGAUUCCUCUAGGCGCUCCAGCUGCUACUCGCAAGCCCCCAAAUCUGUCGAAGCCGAUGAUGAGCUCCGCCUCCAGGAAGCAGAAGGGAAUACGGCAGCGGCAGUGGGGAAAAUGGGCAGCGGAGAUCAGAGAUCCCAUCCGUGGCGUUCGACUCUGGCUCGGCACCUUUCCCACCGCCGAAGAGGCGGCCGAGGCAUACCGGCUGGCCGCCAGGCGGAUUGAGGAGCAAAAGAUUGCAAUGCUGCGUGAACACUUGGACUCCAACGACGCCUCCUCCGUCGAUCGCACCAUUUCGUCUCCUUCGUCAGCGACGGUGGUAGAGGCGCUGAAUGCUCCCAUUUCACCGUCUUCCAUCCUUGACGUCUCCUCAGCGGAGGACAGUGCUUCCGCCGGCGCUGCUGCGGUGACGGCGGCAGAGGAGUGGUUCGGGGACAUUGCGACGCCGACGGAGGUGGAAUUUGGGCUGGAUGAAGAGCCGUUUUUGGUCGGCGAGCUCGACGAGGACUGCAUCGGGCUCGCCGAUUUGCCUAUGUGGGAGAACCAAUUGGACGGCGGAGAUUUUUCGUUUUUAGAUCUUUAAAAAUACCGCGUCCACUCCAAAACGGACGGUGAUCUUGUUGUUAAGAUGAAAGCGAAAUCUGGAUAUGUCUGCAUUUUUUUUACUAUAAAUGUCAUUUAAUCUUUGAUUAAGUAUUUGUCGAUCGAUGGAGUCCUCA